GACGGAAACUUGCGCGUGAGUUUCCAGUUUGACAUCACUGACGGUUACACGAUCGACGGCGCGAGGCUCAACGACGAAAACAAACACCUCAUUCAAGUGACAAGAAACGUUACUCUCCUAGAAGUGAAGAUCAACGGCACCGAGCACUUCCGCAAGACGAUCAGCGCCACGGGAGACUUGAACGUAACCGUUUUCUACCUUGUCGGAUUACCGCAAGUGUCUAGAUACAUUCGCCAGGCCGUCGAUAGCAGGCAGUUUGAGAAAAAACAGACGCCGCAAGUUCACUUCAAAGGCAUCAUCCAGGAUGUGAAGAUAUCGAACGGCACGACAAUAAUCGUCUUUGAGUUUUUUCCGCCGAUGUUGACUGAGAAAACAUCUUAAUUUUUAAUGUUAUCUUAAUCAAAACAUAUGUCAAGCGUUGGACAUUUUCUUGCUCAUUCAGUUCGGUAACGUUUCUUUUGACCACGAGAAAAUUCUUGAAAGAUCGUGUCGGAUGACGUAAGUGCGUAAGUAACCAGUGUAACCACAACGGCACGUGUCACGUAACGUGGAACGACUUCUGGUGUCAAUGUUCGCGCGGCUACACCGGCAAGAUUUGUCAGGAAAUAGAGUUCUACCAGCUGCCCGGCAGGCUUGCGCUGCCAGAACUUUGACGACUGUUUCGAGUGCGUCGCCAACGCGACCUUCGACAUCAUCGAGAUCACGUACAGAUCCAACACUGGCGGUACGCUGCUUCACAUGGCGUCGCACGUGGGCGAUCAACAUAUUACUGUGUCCAUUUUCAAGGACAAUAUCACCGUUUCCUGGCGGCUCGACUUGGAAGACCAGGGCACUGUGUCCUUCGACAAAGCUCAGUUCGACGGCAUUUGGACUUUGCUGCUCAUCAAGCUGAACAACUCUCUGGAGUGCGGCUACGUGAAUCCGGUCGAAGAGCAGCCUCGCUCGAGCGCCAACUUCAACUACCGGCUGUGGCACGAUCUCCUGGUAACAGGAAUAGUCACUCUCGGUGGACUGUCCAGUGCCUUGUCCGACAAGCACACUUACGUCACUGUCGGGUCGAAACACGAUAAGAGAGACGGAAUCGAGGGGAACAGCGUGGAUUAUAGUGAACAUAGACUGACAACCGCCAUCCCAUCGCAUAGUGUGAUGUCCGGAGAGCCAUUCAAGGGCUGUCUAGGCGAAGUGCGCAUCGGCAGCAUACUGCUGCACUACUUCACGAAUGAAGAAGUAUCAAAAUGCGAAUUUUACGCCGCUAGAGUUGCUGAGCAACGUUGCAAAGCAUCUGCGACAGCGGCUGGCAAGGAUGGACAACGAUAUCAACGAGUGCUGAAUUCCUGCAAACACGACGGCGUGUGCGUUAAUGUGCCGGGCUCAUUCCGCUGCGAGUGCCCGGAUCAGUUUACGGGUGAUUUGUGCGAAAAAUUUCGACUGAUCACAUGCGAGAACAAUCCAUGCAUGCGCGGCGCGACUUGCCUCGACUCGCCGAACCCGAAGACAGGCGAUAACUUCACCUGCAACUGCCGACCCGGUUACGACGGUCCAGUUUGUAACUCGCCUUAUUGUACUCUGCCUGGUCAGAGAUGCCAGAACGGAAGAUGCGAGUUUUUGCAAACGAAUUAUGAAUAUCAACCGAGAUGCACUUGCGCUCCUGGUUACACCGGUCUGUACUGCGAGACGGACAUUGAUGAAUGCGCGCCGGAUCUCAAGGGCGAAGUACCUUGCAAGAACGGCGGCAAGUGUUUCAACGCGGUGAACAACUUCACAUGCGACUGCCAGAACACCGGAUACACCGGUGGCAAUUGCACCGAGGACAUAGACGAAUGCGAAAAUUCGGAGACAAAUUGUGGACACGGCAGGUGUCAAAAUCUGCCUGGUAGUUACGAGUGCGUUUGCGAUUUCGGCUAUUGCGGCUACAAUUGCGCCAUAUUGGAUUUUUACCAGGAACGGGAGCGCUUAUUUAGUAGCCAAGCCAUCGACAUAGCAGUGAUCGUAGGUCCAAUUGUGCGCUGUUUUUUCCUCUUCAUCAUCAGUUUUCUCAAAGCGCUCUUUAUCAUGGCAAGGAAGAAACGUGUUACACGCAGCACGAAUAGUCCGAGUGUUGAGGUAUUCAAUAAUUCGCGAGUGGAAAUGGAUAAUGUGCUGAAACCUUCUCUGGAGCAAAAAUUGAUCUAAUCGAUCUAAUUGAUCUAAAAAAUUGAUGAUUGGUGAGCUGUAAUCUAAAUUAAAAAGAAUGCAGAUGAGCCUUGAUAUGUGGAAACUAUUUUACAGAGGCACGCGCAGAUUUUGCGUAAAUUGUACAAUUCUGUUUGGUGGUCUAAAGUUAAAUCAAAUUGCUGCGAAUAAAUGAGACAACAUUCUGAUAAAGAAAUAAAAUUAGACAAAAUUACAUUUUUCUGAAAUUAAAUUUAUUAUCGUGAUAUAAAUUGGAAUCA